UUCGCGCCCAGCUGGAUAAGAUGGGAGAACCCAUCUCCGACAGCCGCUUCAAGGACAUCUGCGUACAUGGCUUCUCCGACGACUAUAAGGACGUCAAACUGAUGGUGUUCAGGGACCCGAACUUCAACGUCCUGGACAUGCAAUUCACCAUGCGCAACAUCGUUUUGGACGAACAAUCGCGCAAGGGAUGGAGGGGACGCAUAGCUGGUCGAGGAUUUGCCAUGGCAACGACCGCGUCUGACAUCAUCUGCCACAGCUGCUACGAGCCGGGGCACAUCGGGAGGAACUGCCCCAAGAUCAAGAACAGGGCGAGGAAGAAAACGAAGCCCGCCGGAGCUACCAAGUGGUGCUCCAAGCACAACACUACGUCUCAUUCGGACGAGGGAUGCUACCAACAAGGAGGAAAGCGCCCGGAAGACGCCAAGGACUCAAGUAAAGCAUUCACCGCGUGCUCCGACUGCACUAGCUGCUCGUCGGCGUCCAACAGGAAUGACUCAAACAAUGAUGUGGCAGUUGUCGACUUCACCCUGGACGAUAACGCCUUCGACAGCGGCUUCAUGAUCGCCACGUGUUCCCGCAUCUCAGGACGCAACUUCGCCGCGAACUCCACCGGGGAAGGACUGCUGGUAGACACGGGAGCAUCGGAGACCAUGUUUGACAAUCGCCUAAUCCCCGACGAAACCCUUCACGAUUACACCCAGCGAAACUCUACAAAGAUCGUCGACGUGGCCGGAGAGAGCCAACUCACAGCCCCGGCCAAGGGCAUCCUACACUGCACCGUCGAGGACAACCGAGGACAGCCACUGCGGGGGUGGAUUCAGGGACUCGUCGUUCCGGGGCUUGGUCGCAACAUUUUUUCGCCCAUCUCCCUCCUGAAAAAGGGAUUGCCUUGCGUCGUCGAAGAGAGCCCUCCGCACCUUACUAUUCAAGGCAAGGUGAUUCCACUCACACAAGAUCCGCGAGACCAAGGCAUGUGCACCGUCGACAUCACGUUCGAGCAGAACGCCCAGCCAUCUGGCACGAGAUCCCCCGUGCCCCACCAGAAGCAGUCACAGACCCACACGGCGAACGCGGUCUGCUUUACGCUUGUGAGCGCGGACAACUGGCACAAGGGGCUUGGACAUCUCAAUGCUCGGAGCCUGGACAUCCUCCGGAAGGACACGGGUACCGGGGAUGACUAUCGCGACAAUCUCUCCCCUUGCGGGGUCUGCCAGAUCGCGAAACACAAGCAGUCCUCCCAAUUGAAGCAAUCGACUCGCGAAUUAUGACGGCCUGGACAACUUGUGGUCAUCGACAACAUGGGGCCUGUCAAUUCACUUGCGAAAUAUACAGGAGGCUACUUCCCGUACGCGUGCAAGAUCACCGACGACUACACGAAAAUGAAAGAAGUAUACCUG